AUGUUUAGUAAAACUUACCGAUGGCUUCUUCUUGGUAAAGCCGAUACUGUGCUUAAUGAAUUAGCGGAAUUGAAUGUACUAGUUGACUCUGAAUUUAUUGUCGCUGAAGAACUCGAUAUUGGAGAUUUUUUACUGCAGGCAGUGUACAAGAUAAAACCGGAAGCCGAAUGGAUUGUGGAAUAUUAUGGAUCUUGGACUAAUAAAAGCGGUUUAAAUAAGUCACAAGAAAGAAUCAUGUCUAAUGCUGUGAGGAGAAAAGAUUUAAAAGGAAAUACCAUAGUGACUUCUCUUGUUAUUACUGAUAAUAGAACACGUUAUAAUUUAGCAGAUUUAACCAAUACGUUCAUAGACCCGGUCACAAAAAGCACUUUCCACGCAAUCAACAAUCUGUACGAGUUCUUAAAUGCAACAAGAUUAUUUAUAUUCUCUGAUUCUUGGGGCCAUCCUGUGAAUGGUAGCUGGACUGGCAUGAACGGAGAUAUAUACACAGGAAAAGCUGACUUAUGUGGAACCAUCUCAUUUAUGAACAAAGACCGUAUGGAGAUCUUAGAAUACAUAACCAUUCCUGGCUUUACGUCUAUGUCUAAAAUAGUAUUUCGGCAACCACCUCUGUCUUAUCAAUAUAAUCUAUUUACCUUACCCUUCACAACUGCUGUAUGGUAUUGCCUCGGGGGAUUUAUCCUCAUAUUGGUAAUUAUACUGUACGUGAAUGCUAAAUGGGAUAUCAAGAAAUGCGAAGAUUAUGAAGAGGCAGAUUAUGCACGAGAUCCUAUUCGGAAAGCUUUUUAUGAGACUAAGAUAUCACCAAAAGGGUAUAAACCAAUUUUUAUAAGUCUUGAAGAAGGAGUAAAGAGACUUCAAACAAAACCUUUUGCUUUCAAUAUGAAUAUUGGUACAGGAUAUAGAAUCGUCUCUCAAUACUUUCGAGAACAUGAAAAGUGUGGAUUACGGGAGAUCGACUACAUCCAAGGCCGCAAACCAUGGUUUUGCUGUAAGAAAGAAUCUCCAUACACGGAAAUGUACCGAGUCGGGUUAUUGCGCAUCGAGGAACAUGGUCUAAACACCAGAAACAAUCGUAUGAUAUUCGUUAAAAAGCCACUAUGCACAGUUACAAGCGGUAACUUCGAGUCAGUUAAGAUGGUGGACUUCUAUCCUGCAUUGCUGAUGCUGCUUUAUGGAGUAUUACUAGCUUUUGCACUACUUCUUGCAGAAAUCUUGCUUCAUCGCAGUCUGGAAAUGAAAGAAAAUUUCCAGAGAAAUAUAAAAUCAAGAUCGAAUCAGUUUCGACGAGCUCAAUUUAAUUAG